UUUGUAACCAAGAACAUUUGGGCAACAUAGAAAGACAUGGAUGAUGAACCUGAAAGAACCAAACGCUGGGAAGGAGGUUAUGAACGAACAUGGGAGAUUCUCAAGGAAGAUGAGUCUGGAUCACUGAAAGCAACUAUAGAGGAUAUACUCUUUAAGGCCAAGAGAAAAAAACUCUUCGAACAUCAUGGCCAAGUCAGACUUGGAAUGAUGCGUCAUCUUUAUGUGGUGGUUGAUGGGUCAAGAACUAUGGAGGACCAAGAUUUAAAACCUAACAGGCUUACUUGUACCUUAAAGUUAUUGGAAUAUUUUGUUGAAGAAUACUUUGACCAAAAUCCUAUCAGUCAGAUUGGUAUAAUUGUAACUAAAAGUAAAAGAGCUGAAAAGCUGACAGAACUUUCAGGUAACCCAAGAAAACAUAUAACUGCUUUGAAGAAGGCUGUAGAUAUGACUUGCCAUGGAGAGCCAUCUCUGUAUAACUCCUUAAAUUUGGCCAUGCAAACUUUAAAGCAUAUGCCAGGACAUACAAGCAGAGAGGUUUUGAUAAUCUUCAGUAGCCUGACCACAUGUGAUCCAUCUAAUAUCUAUGAGCUAAUCAAGUGUUUAAAGGAAGUUAAAAUCAGAGUAUCCAUCAUAGGCCUAUCUGCUGAAGUUCGAGUUUGCACUGUGCUUGCCCGAGAAACUGGUGGAACAUACCAUGUGAUUUUAGAUGAAAGCCAUUAUAAGGAACUGCUGAUCCACCAUGUUACUCCUCCUCCAGCCAGUUCAAGUUCAGAAUGCUCCCUUAUUCGAAUGGGUUUUCCUCAGCAUACAAUAGCAUCUCUCUCUGACCAGGAUGCAAAACCAUCUUUUAGCAUGGUGCAGUUGGAAAACAACAGUGAUCCAGGUCUAACAUUAGGUGGAUAUUUCUGUCCCCAGUGCAGAGCCAAAUACUGUGAACUCCCUGUGGAAUGCAAAAUCUGUGGUCUUACAUUAGUAUCGGCACCCCAUCUGGCUCGGUCUUAUCAUCACCUCUUUCCGUUGGAUGCCUUUCAGGAAGUUCCACUGGAAGAAUAUCAAGGGGAACGCUAUUGUCACGGCUGCCAAGGGGAGAUGAAAGACCAACAUGUUUACAUUUGCAAAGUCUGUCAGAGUGCAUUUUGUGUGGACUGUGACUUGUUUGUUCAUGAUUCUCUACACUGCUGUCCUGGCUGUAUUCACAAGCACCCAUCUUCUCUGUCUGUAUGAUGCUGUCUGUUUGUAAAGAUUAUUCUACUGGUUUCAUUCCUGGACAAAAGGAAAAUUAUACCAUUUAGCCAUAUCCUAGAGCAAGGCAGUUCUAAAAAGAAGAAAUAAAUAUCUACAUGGAUGCAGUCAAAAUGAAAAUUGGCUCAGGGGAAAAAGCAGACAUUUUACUAACUAUAGAAUUACUGAUAAUUAAAAUGUAAUAAAUGUUUAACUGUAAAUAUGUUCAUAAAAUAUCUGCAUCAUCUGA